AUGUUCGCUCCUCCAAGCCCACUCGCGGGCAGUCGUCCAGCAUCAGCUGCGUCGUACCACCAACACGCGUAUCACCAGCCCUAUGACCAGCCACGGUCCCCCAUGCCAAACGAGCACGGUCUCCCUCACAGCAACUCCUUCUCCUGGAAGCCAGAGCUCGGUCUCCCUCCACCGCCCAGCGAAAUCGAUAGCCUUGGAUAUUCGCUCGAUCACGCUCUCGUCCCUCUCUCGCAACCCGUUUCGCGUGCUCAAUCAGUCUCACCCACAACUCGCGUCCCAUCUCGCUACGAUGUUGAAUUCGGCGGGCUCGAGGAUCCCACAGAGCAUCGCGACCGCACUCAGGAUCACAUGAACAUGGUCAGCAAGCAUCCCAAGGUCAAGAUCGACGUGAUCCUUUCCAGCAGUCUCUUCGAAGCCGGCGGUUGCAUCGGCGGCAAAGUCGAGUUGACGUGCACAACAGGUCAGAGACUUCGCAUCGGCCAGAUCGCCAUCGAGCUCGAAGCCGUCGAGCAGCUCACCUCGCGCGACCACGCAGCUACUCAGCUCUUCCUCUACAAUCGCACCGUCUUCCAAGGCGAAAAGCUGCCUCCGUCCAACGCCGUCUUGCCAGCUGCUCCCAUCAAUGGAUACUGGACCGCAAGAAAAGGUCGAACCUCUUUCCCCUUCAGCUUUCGUCUGCCUGCUUCAGCACCAUCCUGCGCUACCUUUGCAGGAAACGCAUCGCUCCGGUAUGGUCUCAAGGCGACCGUGCAGACGUGGUACAACGACGAAAAGAUGAUCGUCACUGCUCGCAGAGAGGCCUUUGUGCUCGAAAAGUGGUCCGACCAACUCCAUCCUCGGUUUCGCCAGCCGGUCGAGGCGGUGGGAGACACUCGCCUCUUCAUGGGCGGCAACGGCCCUGUCUGGCUAGAAGCGGGCGUGACAGAGCAGCUCUUCUGGGGAGGCGGUCAGCUCCUCAUCCGAUGCGGGAUUAAGAACAACACCAAACGACACCUCAGCGGAAUCAAGGUUGCCCUGGCACGGAGACUCAUCUUCCCCGUCGGCAGCGUUGAAGGCUUUCACGACAGCCCAGAAAAGCUGUCGCUGGAACCGCGCAUCACAGAAGUCGUGCACGACCAGGUCUUCAAGGGUCGCGAGUACGAGUUUGUACCCGAUGCAGAGUCAGUUUGCACUGUCGCUGUCGAUGUUCCGAGGGAUCUGCGAACCAUCCGCAAGACGCGUCUGUUCGAGGUGCGGACAUUUGCGUUUGUCAGCCUUCUUCUCGGCUCCUUUGCCAAGGAUCUGACCAUCGAGAUUCCCAUCUACGUCGCACACACCGCCAGCGCGCAACAUCCGGUCGAGCCGACCCUCGACAAUCUCCACACUGGUCCACCGCUCCACUCGAUGCCUCAGCGUCCCAACUCGUCCAUCGGCCAUUCUCAGGGCCGCUCGCACGGACAUGCCCACCCUCAGCACCCUCAACCGCACUUUUACAAUCCUCAUGAUGGUCAUCGCCCGCAGCCUCAUCCCCACAUGGACGCAGGCAUGCUUGAGAUGCAGCGUCUGGCCGCGGAGCGAGGCUGGUCUCCGGCUCCUGUCAUGUCCGGCUCCGCACAUCUUGCAGGUCCAUUGAGACCCGCAAGUACUGCGCCAGGCAUGAUUCAGCUACCGAGCCAAGCUCAACCUUUCGCGCUGGGUCCCGAUGGCCAUCUGCAAUGGGACCCGACGGUCAACAGCUGGAACGCAAGCAGGCUCAUGUCGCCUCCAGCUGCUGCUGCAGGUCAUGCUCUACAGCGAUCCGCCAGUGCUGCUCCUGACAUGUCGCAAAACGUGGCGUCUUCCCAGUCCUUUGCACAGCACGUAGAUCCAGUUGCGGCAUGGAUGGCUUCGCAGAGAGCCAUGUCGGUCUCUCCUGGACCUGCUGCCUUCGCACACCAGGGAAGCUUUGUCGCUGCCGCGGCUUCCCCUCACCACUCUGCUAUGCCCUUCCCUCAGAUCGAACCUGCAGCUAUCAGCGACCGUCGAGCCUCGCUCCCUGCUGCAGGACCAUACGGUGGUGCGCUACCUCCGCAAGUGGCGUAUCCGAAUGCGCCACGAGAAACCUUGCCGCCCAUGCCAGAACCGCAAAGCAUCGUCGUUCCCGGUCCAAGCACUCAGCAAUUCUCUGCUCCGCCUCCCCAGCCAUCGAUGCCCAUGUACUCUGGCGGAGCGCCUCCCAUUGCUGGUCUUGCCACCAUCGAAGAGGACAGCGAGUCUCAGGCGGGCACGAUCAAGACCAUGUCGAAGCUCCCUACGAUCGGCAAGACGGGAACCAAGGGUGCCAAGGGCACCAAAGGCAACAGCGUGUCGCGGAACAACAUCGAGCAGUUUGAGGCUAUGGCCGAGGCGGAGGAGGAUGAAGAGGAGGUCAAGAGGCAGAUGAUCGCUAUGGGGAUGCAACCGGAUGAGGAGGCAUUCAAUAAGGCCAACGAAGAGCCAGUGUCGACCGCAGCUCCGGAAACGACGCCGCAUGCUUCGACUAGCCGGCGCAGCGAGACGUCGCAUGCUUCUUCGACAGGAACGUUCAGGCUCAAGGCUAGCGAGAUCUUCCAGGGCGGUGCUGCUGCAGAGGUGCCUACUAGUCAGCCUGCUGCGUACGACGCAGAAGUGCAAGCUCCUGUGCAGGCCUCAACAGCGAACGUUGUUCAAUCUCAACAAGACUCCCCUUCUAUGGAUGUCAGACGCACGAGCGAGGACCAACCGGCAGCAGCUCGAUCGACAGUGUCACUGAGACGCACAUCUUCCUCCCAAGGAAUGGGCCUGCAUGCGCUCGAGACGAACCUCGUACGCUCCACCACGCCCAAGAUCAGCAGUACCCAACGCGCCGCCGCCGUCACCCUUGCCAACGUGGGUCGAGCCGAUUACACGUCCAGCCCGCUCUCGUCCGCACCCGCCGUGUUUGACGACUCGACACGAUCGCGCAGGAACAGCGCGCUGCGCGCUGCAGCCCUGGCUCGAGAAGAAGCAGAGCGCAAGAGCGCCGAAGAGCAAGCGCGAGCGGCAGAGGAGAGGCAAAGGCAGCUGCUGGCCGAGCAGGCGAGACAGGCAGCUGCGGUAGAAGAGGAGGCGGCGAAGAAGGAGGCUGCACGUGCAAGGGCUGCCGAACAGCAGAGGUUGGAGCGGGAGAGGAUUGCGGAAGAGGCGAGGCGACAGCGCGAGUUGAGGGAACAGGAGGAAGAGCAGCGGGCGAGGGAAGAGGCUGAGCGCAGGGCGGAGAUGGAGCGCAUGCAGAGGGAGGAGGAGGCGAGGCGAAGGGAGCGGGAAGAGAAGGAGCACCGCAAGCAUGAGGAACAGCAACGACGAGAGCGAGAGGAGAGCGAACGUCGUUCGCGUCAAGCUGCAGAAGCCGCAGCUGUUCAGGCUCGGCUCGAAUCCGAGCGGAUCAAAGCGCGCAAUGCGAACAGCAUCGCCAGCAGUCCGAUCCAGCGAAUCCAUGCUGCGAUUGGCCACGCGCCAAGCUCGAUCGCUCCGUCGGUGCCGUCGAAAACGACAGCGCCGAUCUUGGCUUCUCCCGGCCGGACGAGCGACCGAGACCGCCUGGUGCUGAAAGCGCAAGCUGUUCACCGCAUCGAUGGAUGGCUUUCGAACCCUUCGAGUCCGAAUGCUUCUCUCAUGGACACGCCCCAGACACCCAGCGCCUCUGUGCUAUCCGUGAUGCGGAAGGACGAAGCAACAGCCGCAUCGGGCUCGCGUGGCGACGUAAACCGAUCCUCUUUCGCCGAUCGCUCGCCCUCGCAGGUGAUCAACCCGAUGUGGGACGGCAGUUCUUCCCGACUUCAGAUGUCGGCCGGCGAGAUGCCUAAAUCUCACACUAUGGCCGAUCUCGCUUCGUCGAAGCACUCGGCUGCCGCAGCGGUAGACGACGAGCCAGUGCCUCAGCUCUCGGCUGAGUUGCGAGCGCUGGUUGAUGGCUCGGACAUUCGACCUGCUCGCAAGUCGGGCACAGCUCUGAAGGAGCAUCCCAUCAGUCGUCGUUUGUCGGGUCUCGGGUCCACUGCACCGGCUCCUGCUGUUGUUGUUCCGAACUCAUCCGUAGCGUCGUCUUCUUUCCAACAAGCCAAACGCGACGGCCACACAUCGUCACCAUCGUGGCCUCGACCUGGUCUGCAGUCGUUUGCUGGCACGGGUAGCAACGUCAAAGCCACGAUCCCAGCGAUCGUCCCCGCAGCCAAGGUCAGCACUGAACGCCGCGCUUCUCGCGAGGUAGGCAUCCCGACGCGUGUGGAAAAGACUUUGGCGGCGCCAACGUCUACGAAGGAUGAAGCUGGGGGGUACGAUGUACGCUCAGCGCGUGGCGGCAGGGGCGGUCGCGUUGCAUCUGUCACACAGCUGUGGUCCAAGAUCGCCGGAGACGUCAACGACGAUGCGGCACUGUCACCCAACCUGGCUGCACCGCAAUCGGAAGCGCCUCGGUCUGCCUCGCCUUCCAACACAUCGACGUUCAAACCGAAACCCCGAACUUCAGCCACCGGUGGAGCGCCGGCACUGGACUUCAGCAACAAGACAACGACAUCCUCGCCCACAUCUCCCGGCGUGACUUCGAUCGCAGCCACCUUUGGAAGCAGCACGCCCGAAUCGCUGAAGACCUCCACCGCAGUGCAAUUCCUCAACACAUCCACACCCAAACCCGUCUUCUCCAGAUCACCAGAACAGGCGGGGAAACCGGAAAAGCGUCCGCUCCCCAAACCGGUGUUGCAACCAGGUGCGCUACCAGCACCGCAGCUAGUGCGUCCCACGGCGAUGCGUGCUCAACCUUCGCCCAAGUCCAAGCGUCUCAGCACUCGACUUCUCUCAAACUUUGAAGCGAAAGAGGAGGGGGAGGAGGAGUCGAUGAGAGAGAUGAUGGACAAGAUCCACGCUUCAAUCAUGUUGGAAGUACACCAAGCAAACGCGUUGGUCUACUCCACGCUAUGCGGCUUCAUGCUGGUCGGCCUCUACGCCGGCUACCGUGUCCGCAACACCAACGACUUCCUCUCGGGUCUUCGAACGCAAAGUGUAUUCCCUCUCACGCUCAACUGGUUCGCCUCAACGGAUUCUCGAACGGAUGGGUACGAGAUCGACAUGCAGCGGCACACGUGUGUCUACAUAAGCAUUGGAUCAGGAACGGUCAGUCUGCGGUCAAGGAUGUUGAUAUUACCUGAUCGAGUUAGGACUCGCGAAGGGAAUGCUGCAUGCCUCUUCUUUUCACUCCAACAUGUAUUCUCAACCCAUGUAUCCGUCUUUGCUCGGGACACGACAGUUCAGGAUCGGUGGUCAGACGUUCGUGUUGUCGCUGUCCUGUACGGCCCGACGCACAAACGCGUAGACAGCCGCGAAAAAGCUGUCCCCGACGAGGACGCGUUCCCAUUCCCCCACUUCCUCUCUCGUUGUCGGCCCUUACGUCUUAUGGACGAGUCGUCGUAG